AUGGCAGCUCUGUGGAAGACUGUAGAUGAUGACUUGGACUUGAGCCACCUGGAGGGGGACAGUGUGGAGGAGCUGGUUGUGCAGAACCCAGAGCUGGAGGCCAUCAACACCAGAGUGCAAGAGAUGGAGAAAGAGGAUGAGCGGAUAAAGGAGCUGCAGCUGGAAGCUGAGAAACGCUUUAUUGUGAACCUGGAGGGAGGUCUCUUCCCAAAGACAACCAAGAAGAUGGAGGUUGACCAGCGAUCCAUCUAUGUGGGCAAUGUAGAUUAUGGGGGCACGGCAGAAGAGCUGGAGUCUCACUUCCACAGCUGCGGGGAGAUCAACCGAGUGACCAUCCUCUGUGACAAGUUCUCAGGGCAUCCCAAAGGGUAUGCCUACAUUGAAUUUGAAGAGAAGAGCUCUGUGAAGACUGCGUUGGAGCUGGAUAAGAGUGUGUUCAGAGGCCGUGUCAUUAAGGUGCUGCCCAAGAGGACCAAUGUGCCGGGCAUCAGCACCACUGACCGUGGGGGCUACCAGGGCUGCUUCCAAGCCCGGGGAGGCCUGGCCCAGCAGGGAGGCUACUACGGAGGGCAGCACCCGAGGGUGCGAGGGAGGACAUACAGGGGUCGGGCAAGGCUGCUGCCUUGGUAUUUUCCAUGCUAGAAAGGAUUGGACUACCCUGGUGAUGCCGACAGAACUGAAAUGAGGAGAUGGGAUUGCAGAGAUCUCACAAUAUGCCUACUCAAGUAAAAAAGAUUAAUUUAAAGAAGGCCAUCUGCCUGGCUGUGAGGAUUACUGGGGAGGCAGCCAUGUGCUGUGCUGCAGGAGGGAAGACUGGAUCCCCUCCAUCUGCACAUCCUGCAGGUGUCCCAGAGGAGCUCACCUUAGCUUUGCUUAGGAGAUUGCAUUUUCAUCAAGAACAGUCUUAUUCUAGAGAACACUGUCCUCAGGAGGGAGGAGCUCUCCCAAACCAUUAAGGCUCAUUCUCAUCCCAUAGAAAAGGGCUGCACUGGAGGGUUUAGUUUGCUUUCUAGGUGUCCAAAUGUCUUCCACCCCACUGUGAGGAUGGACCUGCCCUGCUUGACCUGUGAAGCUCCCUCAGCUUUGCCAGUUUUCUAUGGAAGCUGGAUGCUGCUUUCUCUUGCUCAUAAGAAGGUCCUAAAGGCCUUUCUAAAGACUCUUUUCUUCUUCAGAUCAGUGGAGAAAGUCUUGGGUUGCAGCUCUAGAUCUGACUGCUGGGGAGCUUUUCCUUCAUCAGCCUCAUGGAUUUCUGACCUUCCUCUUGGGAAGAGGAUGGAGCCAAUUAUGUGGUUUGGGUCUGGUUUUUAGCUUGUUUUUUGUGGGUGUAUACCAAACGGACGCUACCACCCGGGUAUACGCCUUUACCUAUGAGAUUUCCUAUCUCGAUUUAUGGAAGGCUUCCAAACCUUGCGUACGCUUACCAAACCA